AUGUCUUCGGAUGCCACAUCCUUCCAUAACCUGCCCACGGAGCUCAUUCUAGAUAUUUGCGAUCUGCUGCCACUGGACGCUUUGCUGGCACUCAAGCUCACAGCACCACGGCUUAACAGUAUGAUCCGCCUAGACCCACGCCGUUGGCAGAAUAUCCUUUCACCCUGUGCACGACGUGCAAUACACGGCUACCUGAACCCGUCACCACCAAAUCCCGAUCAAGAGCACUGUCGAUGCUGCAAUACCGGCUAUCAGAUCGCCAUGUUCAGCUCAUCGACCAGCCCAGCAUGCAUUCCCAUGAAGCUCACCACUACGCCCCAUGUCGUAGUCCAACUACCAUCAACGUCUGCUCCUGGCACGUGA